UGUUGACUUAAGAGACUGGUUUCUGUAUUAUUUCUGUAGAAGGCUAGUAGCGCAUCAAAUAAAACUUCACGGUCGAUUUCCGUCAUUACAUCACUUGAAAUGCGAAAUUAAACCAAUUUUCGUAAAAGUAAAAAUGUCGUCGUUUGUAAAUUACCGAAACGACAGCACAGUGAAUGUCGUGGAAGCUUUAUCCAAGGAUAAUGUAACAUUUUAUAAAAUUGUUGUUAAAGUGGGAUCAGUGCAAUGGGAAGUUUUACAUCGGUACAAUGAUUUUGUGGAACUCCACGAGACGUUAGUGAGUGACCAUGGUGUGGCGAAAGAUUUAUUGCCACCGAAAAAAGUUAUACGCAAUAAAACACCAAAAUUCGUGGAACAAAGACGUGAAGCGUUAAACGAUUACCUUAAAAAUGUCUUCAAAUAUUUAUUGCUCACGAUGCCAUCAGAGUUCGCGCAUUUCUUACACUUCAACUUGUAUGAUAUAUUUUUCCUCUUACAAGAUCUGGCUAAAAAACUUUACUUAGAAGGCGACAAGUUAUUGGAAAAUGAAAAAUCACAUAAAUUCAGCAUACUUGAGUUACAUGCUAUAAGUGAAAGAUUUAAAAUGGCAUGCCCACCGACAGAGAAAGUGGAUCAAAUGUUUGACUUCAGCCACAUACUGGAUUUCUGUUCUCAAGUGAGAUCACUCAGCAUUGAAGGGAGCUAUGAGAAAUUGGGAACGAGUAAUAUUAUACCUAAUGAACUGUACUUUGAUCUCAUAUCAUUUAAAUCAUUGAUUGAUUUAAAAGUCCUCGGUGUUCCCAUGGGAUGUAUACAAAGUGUGGGGUGCCUGCGUGAUUCACUUGUUAGUCUGUCUGUGCAUAUAGCCAGUGUUGUGACUUUGAAUGAGUUUCUGCUCGUUGAUGUUCUACACAAGGAUCAGUCCAGUCUCGCUGACACUGUGAUAUGGAAGAAAUUGACAGUUAUAAACUUUGCAAGCAACAACAUUGACAACGUCGACUGGGCAAUUAGAUUAGUGCCAAAGUUACAGCAACUGAAUCUGUCUUCAAACAAACUGACCGAGUUAUGUGAUAUAUCGUGCCUUCACGAUUUACAAGUACUCAACUUAUCUAUGAAUCGAUUCUCGAUGUGUUUGAACUGGCACGCUAAAAUAGGCAAUAUUGUUAAAAUAGAUCUUUCACAGAAUAAAAUCGAAUCUCUACAAGGUUUUUCUAAGCUUUAUUCACUAGAAAGUUUGGAUCUCGGCUGUAAUCUUAUCGAUGAUGUUGAAGAAGUACAAUACAUAUGCAAUCUGCCGUGCUUAGAGUAUCUGUGGUUAACGGCUAAUCCGGUAGCGUCAUCCAUAGACUAUAGAGUCAAAGUCAUCGAACAGUUUAACGCUCGUAUGUCAGAAAUUUGUUUGGACAACGAGAAGGCUUCGGAAAAAGAAUUGGAUACGGCUAGGGUCUUACAGGCUUUAAGAAUAGUUAAAGAAGGUAAGACUCCAAGUUUCUUGCAAAAUAAUAACUCGAGUCAUAGUUUUAAUAGAAGUUGACGAUAUCUGACUAAUUUUAUAAAUUAAUUGCAAGUAAAUGGAAUUUUAUUAAAUUAUAUAACAAGCAUGUUACAUAGUAACACGUCUUAUUAAUGUAUUUUACAUGUAAUGAUGCAGGACAUUCCAUAAAUGGGUGCUCAGUUAUAUUUAGAAUAGUUUGUAGCGUAAGAGACACGGUGAGAUGUGUUAGAAUUCUGGUUAAAUAUAUUUGCCAUAAUUUUUAAUGAAUGGAAAAAUGUUGUAUGACGAAUUCAUUUUAUAAAUAAUAAUAUUAAAUUAUAUGCGUCGUUGGUUCUAGUAGCUUUAAGAGACGAAGGGUUGGGUUUAAAUCAUGAGUGAUUGUAACACGAAGUAAAAAAUAUGGAAGCAUUUCACCGAUGCCACGGCGACACGCACGACCUACACCUGAUUACUUAGUAAAGUGAUGUUGCGCACCCUCUCUCAUUGCUGUUCAUCUAGCUAAAUCGGUUACUAGAACCAACGAUAUAUUUAAUAUUCUUUUUGUUUUUGUACAUAUCUGCUAUAAAAUAUUUAAUUUUUAAACACUUUACAAAUAAGUGGUAAUUUGACUUAAAUGAAUAAAGCAAGUUCACACGCAAAAUUUUCCUAAGACACAUCUCAUGGUAUUUCUUAACAGUCAUGGAAUUGACUCUGUAUUUGUAUUGUAGACUUACAUGUCGUUUUGACCCUUCGAUGUGAUAAUGAUAAGCUUUAUAUGUGAUACUUAUACUUGUAACUAACUAUUGAAGCUAGAAUAAUACAUGUGUGAUGGUUUACUAAAAUAUUGACUGUGUUUAUUUUGUAUUUAUACUUUUUUGUUACUAAUUUGACAAAACUAAAUGAUUCACUAUCUCUUUUUAACAUUAUAUAUGGGAAAGAGAUGACACCUAUUUCAAUCGAAGUAAAAAUAAAGAUUUACAUAUUCCAAGCAAUUUCUAAUAGCUCUACUGUAUGCUACUUUCACGAAUCCAUAAUGAAUAUUAAAGUUUAUUCAAUCAAUACUAAUCAGUUUAUUUCCAUGUUGUUUAUUUGUCUGUACCCCCCUUUAUUGAAAAGACUAAAGUUUAAUGUUACUAAAUAAAGUCAAAAUUGUCUAUUGUCGUAUCCACUCCUAUUUACGCUUAAUUGGAGAUGAAAAUAUGGUCAUUCUUUGAAACAUUAUUAGUGUAGAAAGGAUACUGAUUUAUUUUUAGUUCUGUCAAAUAGUCUAGUUAAAUUCUAAACCUUAGCACCACUGAUGAUCAUUGUUCAACCAAUACUGGUGCAAGUUUGUUACUCUAGAGUAAUUUAUUUAUAAGUUUUUCAAUAGUAUUCUUUAUUUAAGUAUUAUUUUAUGGCUGUAUUUAAAAAUAUAGUACUAUGAAUUAAUCAACGAUACACUUAUUUGUAAGUUUAACUUUAUUUCGAGAUAUAAUAUAUAAAAAUAAAAAUAUCAAACAUUUUGUUAACACUAUUUAUUAUGAAUUAUCAUAUAACCUAUUAUUAUAAUACAUUAAUCGUCAUAACAUAGAAAAAAUAGUUUCUACUGGACUAUGUAGAAAUAAAUUUACAUCUUUUCACCUUACACAUUAAAAAAAUACAAUGAAAAAUAGCGCUG